AUACGAGUGACACGUCUUGUGUUAUUCUAUAGUCUUUGGAAUCCGCUCAAUAGGGGGAAAUGCUGGCGUCGUCACAUUUUUCAAAUUUCAGUACCGACUUGGUACCGAAGUCUGUACUUUUGACAAACACUAGUGAAAGGGUGGAUGUCUAUCACAAAAGAAGAUAAGCAAAAUAAAGUUUUGCCAAAAAUGAUGAAUGAACGACAAGGAAGCACAAAAAAAGGAUAAACGAAAAGGAGUUCGUUGUUAGUCUCCAGCGGCACACACUCAAAACUAAUGUUACUUGCGCAACCUCUGCGUCCAUUUUCAGGCCUUCUCGCUUGGGUCUCUUCAGCGCUGGAAAAUGUUUCUAAUAUUAAAGUGGUUCCUAAAGUUCUUGCCUGAUCAUAACCCUUCUUUUUCCAGUGAGAUUCCUCUGACCUUUUCUUUUUUGUAAUGUCUCUCAGCCAUCUCUCUUUCUACAGUCUUUCUUUAAAUCUCCCUCUUGCUCUCUCUCUCUCUCCGCCCCCAUCAUGAGUGGACCCGCCCCCUACUGCUGAUUGGCUACAAGUGUGUUGAGGCGCUCGGUCUGAUCCGCUUUCAACAGCGUUUCUCAGAAAUCUCUUACUGCACCUUUUAGGUUAAAUACUGUCUACCUCAGAAAUGCCCUCCCUCCAUGCUCUGUCCAUGUUUAUUAAUGGAGCAAUAAGAAUUGUAAUCAUAAUAUUUAUGUAUUAAUGACAACUUCCUGAUGGGACAGACAGACAUUCUUUUGCUAGAGACAUUUUAACCCAUGUACCGGAAUGAUAGUUUAUCUAGUGCUUAAAUCUUAUGGUGUUAGUUGUAUUUCUAUAAUUAACACAAAAUAAGAGAAAAGGACGUCCAGUCCACUUUACAGAAAUUUGACAGAAUUGGGGUGUUUAAUCAUAAAGUUUGAAAUUAAAGACAAAAAUCCUAACAAUUAACCUCUAAUAAUAAUAACCAUCUUGCAAUACUGGAAUGAAUCAUAAAUGGAAGGUCAUGUUGUCAUUGUUCUAGUAAUCUUUGACUUUCAUCUGAGGUAAUUUAUUGUCAUCGACAUCUAAAAAUGCUUAGCACGGUUUACAGAAAACCACUUGAGAUGAUGAAACGAUACAAAAUAUUCCCGCUCUGCAUUGUUCUUUAACACAUCUGAGUUUGUUUCUGUCUUUUUAUUAAACCUUUAUGCUUUGUGUGAACAAAUAUAUAGAAAUAAAUGAUUAUAAUGUAUAUGUAUGCACAAUUUAUGACCGUUACAAUUACAAAAGAGUUUAGCACCUUGGAGAUGAGCAUGUCCAGAGAACUGCAUAUUUAUUUCUGAGAUGUGCUAUUUGAUUCCAACUCUUGUUCUGAAAUACUACAUUUUAUUUGUAAUCGCAAAAGGAAUAUUUUACCAGACAAUGAAAUGUAAUUGUGGUUUUCUUAACUUGCCACUGCAUUAGUUGAUAAAAAUGAAAACGCAUUAUGGCCACCAUUUGUCUGUUUCAUUAUGGAUUCACAAGGUGAUGCUGCCACAAAGCAAUUAUUGAUGAUUGCUUUAUCAUCUGAAAUAUAGCUUUUAUGAAAAUGUAUCGGAGAAAUUAAAUGUUAGCUAUUUAAAAGAAAGCCAGGCUAACUUGUGGCUUUAACAAGUAUGAUGGUUCAUAUGAAAUGCACAAUAAAUGAAGUAAAAUAAUAAAAAUGCUAUUUAAAAUGACUUGAUAAAUAUUUUAUGAAGAAUUUCUUAUGUACAAUUCUAAACUGCUUAAUAUAACAAUCUCUGAAUUUAUACUUUAUUUUUUAAAAUUAUUUAUCAGUUAAACAUAUCAAAUAAUUUUAGAUACAUGAAUGGUGAGAUAAGUUACACUGUAUAGCCACUCGGGGCAGUGUUGAGACACUUUAUUUCCAAACCACAGGAGAGUUUCCCUGUUUUUUCCCUGGUAGUCAAGAAUUUUUACUUUCCAAUAAUACACACAAUAGAGAUGAUUGUUAAAACGUGACUUUUUAUGAAAGAAAAAAUAAAAUAUUGCGUAAAAUUUGUCAGUCUACAUAUACAUUUAAAUUUAUGUUAGUGUUGACGUUGGACAAAGUAAAGCAAAAGUACAUUACACAAAUAAAUACCAUUUUACUAAUCAGCAGAGUUACUCCCAGCAUUGUUGUCAUUAAUGACCUAGUCUGUUGCUAAAAGUUUUGUGUGUGUUUUUUUUUUUUUUUUUACCCCCACCACAAAGAGGAAGCAGUUGAGUCAUAAUGCUCCCGGUUCCUCUCAAGCACAUGACAAAUAGACUUUGAAGUUUAAAAGCUCUCAGACACAACUUGUCCCAUCAGUGAUGCUGUCAGUCAUGUUCGUGAAGCUCAGGCUGUUGGCUCUCAUAUUCUUUGUGACCAAGGAUGUUCAGCCCACCUAUGCUGAAACAAAGCUGGCUGGACCGCAGAAUGUGAAGGUGACCUCCAUCAAUAUGGGUGCAGUUGUCGAAUGGACAUCUCCACACAAUCCCAUGAGCAAUGUGACAUACACGGCAAGAUAUUUCCUGAGAAACAAAAAUGUUUCCCUCUGUAUCAACACCAAAGAGCUGAAAUGUGAUGCAGGGAAACUGCCAGUUGCAUUUGGGACCUACACGUUUCAAGUGCGGGCAGAGGAUCAGGAGCUGUUCUCUGAGUGGGUUAAUGCAUCCAAAUUUAUACUUAAUAAGCACAGUAUCAUAGGACCCCCUACUGUGCGUCUUGUUGUCCAAAAUAAUAACUUGGAUGUGCACGUUCAGCCCCCAGUGCUAAAAGUGGGCAACCUUUCUAAAAUAUUUGUACAAGUGAACUACAUCAUCAAAUAUUGGACAGAAGACCAGGAAGAUGCGGCAAUAGAGAGGAAGGUCACUGAUGCCAGUGAGGAUGUUAAACUGACUAUUAAAGGACAACAUUCAUGGAGCAGAUUCUGUGCUCAGGCAAAGGUGCUUCCCAAAGGCUACACAAAUCUGGAACAGUUCAGUAAAGCUGUAUGUGUGUCCAGCAUACCUGUGACACCAGUGUUCACCAGCUGUGUGAUAGCUGCUGCCAUCAUUCUCCCUCUGGGAAUCCUGGCCGUCUGGUUCAUCUAUAAAUUGUACAAAUAUCUGUACCCUAAAACCAACCUACCAGAACAUCUCAAAAAUCUAUUCGUACCAUCAUUUUGGAAUGCUGAGGGAACCCAACAUUCUCCACACCAGAAAGAACAGCAUGAUAAAAUCAGUGCCAUAUCUGAGGACCAUUUUUGUGAAGCGCUCAGUGAGAAAAGCAAGAUCUCAGAGGACAAUGACUCUGGGUUGGCCUGUGAUCUCCCGCCAAUACAAGAGGUGGAAGAGGACUACAAACUGCUCAUGAACAUGCAACCUGCACCAUUAUUUUACCCUAAUCAUCUCUACCCGUUAUGUUCGAAUAACACACUAUUGACUCAUUUAAAUCAAUCCCACUUCGGAGGCUCCACUAUCACUCGACCUUGUUACUACAACGUAACAGUCACAAGCUCUGAGCUGAAACACACUGAAUGUGUUUGCUGAAGUCACCAACAACAAGCUGGAAUGUAUGUACUUAAGAAGGAUCUUAUUGUCUGCAGCAAAUAUUCCAAAAAAAAAAAAAAGAAAAAAGGAAAAAAAGAGAGAUGUAUAUAUAGGCUAUAUAUAUAUAUCAUUAUGCAGUGGUGCAAUGGCUGUCUGUGGAAUGUAUAUAACCUCUUGCAUAAAAUGUUGUUUACUCAUGCUAACAAUAGACUGAAUGUACUUUUUUGAGAAACUGUUGUUGUCACUGUAUGCCUGUAAAUGGUUGUAUUGUUGUUAUUUUGAAAUGCAUUACAAUAAAUGAAAGUGAGUUGGAUUUCUCUUCCUUGAA